UUAUGACAUCCCAAUGCAUUCUCAACUAAAUAAAAAGGCAAAUAAGUACGCUGUAUGCACUUUUUAUUUUUCCCUUCUCAAUCAUCCUCUCUUUUACAUCUCUGGACCUGAGUCUUGAGAUAACGUAGGUGAAAUAAGGAGCCACUUAAAUUUUAGGAGGGACAAUUUUGUGUCACCAGCUACAGAAAUGCAAGCAGUCAGGUCUCUGUUUAUCCCCAAGUGGUCUUCAGACGUGCGUCUAGAAGGGAAGACAGCUAUAAUAACGGGGGCUAAUGUUGGAAUAGGCAAAGAGACAGCGAAAGACCUGGCCGGCAGAGGUGCACGGGUGAUUUUGGCAUGCAGAGACAUGGCAAAAGGAGAGCAAGCUGUUUGUGACAUCAUGAGGGAGGUGGAGGGAGCCAAGGUAGUCGCCAGGCAACUGGAUCUAGCUGACACCAAAUCGAUUUGCCAGUUUGCUGAGAAUGUCUACAACACUGAGAAGACUCUUCACUACUUGAUCAACAAUGCAGGGGUGGCUAUGUGUCCUUACACCACCACUGUGGAUGGCUUUGAGAUGCAGUUUGGAGUCAAUCACUUAGGUCAUUUCUUCCUGACCUUUCUGUUACUGGAUUUACUGAAGCACUCAGCCCCAUCCCGGGUCAUUAACUUGUCCUCUGUAGCUCACCACAUGGGCAAGAUCCAGUUUGAUGACCUGAGUGGUGAGAACAACUACCACCCUGUCAAAGCCUACGCACAGAGCAAGCUGGCCAACAUCCUGUUUACCAGAGAGCUGGCCAAAAAGACUGAGGCUCUAGGUGUGAUGGCCGUAUCUGUGGACCCUGGCAUGGUAAACACUGAAAUAACAAGGCACCUGAGGCGUCCUCUUGUGGGCAUACAAAAGACGUUCAGUUCCUUGCUCAAGACCCCGGCAGAGGGAGCCUACACCACCAUCUACUGCACCGUCACUCCUGAGAACCAGCUGCUCACUGGAGGAUACUACAAGGACUGUGCCAGUGCAGAGAGCUCCAGGGCCGGUCAGGAUGAUGGCACUGCCUUAAAGCUGUGGGCUGUGAGCUGCCACCUGCUCGGCAUCUGCUGGAUAUAAACUAACUUUUAAAUAUGCUAUCCUGUAUGAUGUGAAGCAUUAUACAUGAGCACAUACAGUGAUAGACUUGGUACUACAAAUAUUAUGCUGAUGCUAGAUUUACUCAAUGCUGAACAUGUGGGUGUUGGACAAGAAAUGUGUAAGUAGCCAAGCUGAACAAGAAGAUACUAAUACAAGCCUACUCUUCUCCCACCUAGGAGGAUACCAUUUCCGCUCCAAGCACCCUUCUAGCUGUAAUAGGAGUGUAAUUGUGUUAGAUUGUUUAUGCGGGCUGAGGUGCUAAUUGGUUGGAGAAAUAAAUGUUCAUAGAUGCUGAUAAUAAAAACAU